AUGUUUUGGGCGGUGCAUGUAGCGCUCUUCCUCACAGCUUUCAUCCUCAAGCAAUGGCUCUCCAGCAUAUUUCUCAAUCUUCCGCCAGGCCCCGGAGGAUUACCACUCAUCGGCCACUUCCAUCUCCUGGCCAUGGGCAAGCUCCCACACAUCGCACUCCAGCAGCUCUCCAAGAGAUUUGGACCCCUCUUUCACUUGCACCUGGGAUCUGUCCCUGUGUUCGUGGUCUCCAGUCCAGGGAUGGCCAAGGAGUUUCUCAAGACCCACGGCCUCAUCAUCCGGGACGAGCUGUGGGAUUUCAGUCGCGAGCUCUCGAGGGCUUCCAAGGCUGGCCAAGUUGUGUUCAAUGUCAUGACUCGUAUCCUUAUGAAGAAGACUUACUUUGGAUCCAAGGCCUCUGGUGAUCCCGCAAUUGCGGAGGACGCCUCGAAUUUCAUUGGGAUGAUUGAUGAAUUUCUUGAGGUGGGAGCUGACACUGACUAUUUCCCUUACUUAAGCUCGCUCGACUGGGUUGCCCGCGGGGCACAGGUGGCUGGGGACAAGAUGAAUGGCUUCUUGCAAAAGGUUUUGAACGAGCAGCGUCUAGUUAAACGGCAUACUUUGUUUCCCCUAACUCACUUUGUCAUUUUCUCCAUGUAA